AUGCCAACGACCUUCACACAAGAACAGCACUUCUCACAUCCGUGGCGCGAAACAGCCAAUGCGGUAUGGAAUAAGUAUCCAAAUCCACACGCCGACCACGUGGUAUCCGUAGACGUCCUCUCCCAAACCCUCGACCCAACCUCCGGCCACCUACGCAGCGAACGCAUCAUCGGCGUGCAGCAAGGUGCCCCCACCUGGCUCAAACGCCUCGUAGGCGCAAGCGACGACACAUACGUCCGCGAAGUGGUCAUGAUCGAUCCAAUCAACCGCACCGUCCAGAUGACUAGCACGAACCUCAGCCUGACCCAGUACAUGCUCGUGAAAGAGUACAUCACCUAUACACCCACCUCGCCACGCUCGACCGUAUUCAGCCAGACAGCCGACAUCAACUGCACCGGGUUCAGCGGGAUUCUGUCGUCAGCAGCGAGAAAAAUCGAGGAAUGGUCGUAUUCAAGAUACCAGGACAACGCGGCAAAGGGAAGAGAUGGACUGCAGAGCGUGUUGAAUUCAUUGUAUGGGUCAACCUCCUGUAGCAAGUGA